AUGAAUCAAGUUGUGUUUAACCUCAUUUUAUUCACACUAAGCAUGCUUCAUUCAUCGAAAACAAAGGCACAACAGAAUUACUCAGGAAAUUCAAUACUCAGCUGCAAGAACAACGAUGAUGCGGGACCUUCAUCGGCAUUCCUUUACACCUGCAAUGGCCUCAAUAAAUCAUGCAUGACCUAUCUAACCUUCAAAUCCGUACUACCUUAUAACUCCGUUUCCACAAUUUCCAGCCUCAUUUCAUCAAACCCGAACGAGCUAGCCAGAAUCAACGGCGCCACUUUGCUCACAGUUUUCCCAUCUGGUAAAGAUGUUAUUGUCCCAGUGAACUGUUCUUGUUUAACCAAUGAUUAUUACAAAGCUGAAACCAAAUAUAUAUUGGGUCCAAACCCAACAUAUUUCAUAGUAGCAAACGACACGUUCCAGGGUUUGUCCACAUGUGAUUCUCUUAUGCGUGCGAAUCCGUAUGGAGAACUUGAUUUGCUUCGAGGAAUGGAGUUGAAUGUGCCACUCCGAUGCGCGUGUCCAACAUAUCAUCAGAAAACAAAUGGCACCAAGUACUUACUCACAUAUUCUGUGACCUGGGGUGAUAACAUUUCAAAUAUUGCUACAAGAUUCAAUAUACCAGUGGGUAAUCUAAUUGAUGCCAAUGGUUUUUCCACACAAACUGAACUCCUUUUUCCAUUCACUACUGUUCUGAUUCCUUUGGCAAGCGAACCAGUGAGUUUAACAACUAUAGUUGCUAAUGAUCCACCAACCCCUCUUGGUUGCAGCUUCAAAAAGUGCAAGUCAAACACAAAAGUACUCCUCAUUGCUUUAACCACCUCACUGCUGGUUCUGUGUGUUUUCUUGUUUGUGCUGUUUCUGAUUCGGUUUCUACUCAGAAAGAGAUCAGCAAGGUUUGUUAAGCGAUGUUUGGAAGUUAACAAUAAAAAUGGUGUAUUUUCAGAAGAGAUCCGUGAGGAGAUAGCAAUCAUUGAACAUCUCUCCAAAGUGUAUAGCUUUGAGGAAAUAAAAGAAGCAACUGAGAAUUUUAGUUCAAAGAAUAGAAUCAAAGAUUCUUUAUUUCGCGGCAUAUUCAACAAUGGCAAGGAAGUGUUGGCUGUUAAAAGAAUGAGAGGAGAUGCUUCCAAAGAAGUCAAUUUGCUGAAAAGGAUCAAUCAUUUCAACCUGAUAAAGCUGCAAGGUUACUGUGAAAACGAUGCUUGCAUCUAUCUUGUUUAUGAAUACAUGGAAAAUGGGUCUUUAAGGGAAUGGCUUUGCAAGGAUAAUUCAAUUGAACACCAAAGUUGGGCAAAGAGGAUACAGAUUGCUUUGGAUAUUGCCAAUGGACUUCAGUAUCUUCACAACUUCACAGAACCUUGCUAUGUACACAAGGAUAUAAACAGUGAAAACAUUCUACUAAACAAAGAUUUAAGGGCCAAGAUAGCAAAAUUUGCUCAUGCUGAAGAAUCAAAAAGGAUGAUAACUUCUGGUUCUCCCGCAUCACAUGUUGUAGGAUUUAUGGGCUAUUUGGCUCCUGAGUAUGUGGAGGCUCGGAUAGUCAGUACAAAAAUGGAUGUCUAUGCCUUUGGAGUGGUGCUGUUGGAAUUGAUCACCGGCAAUGAUUCUAUUACCCUACAAGAUGGAAGAGAAGUGAUGCUUUAUGAAAUCAUACAAAACAUCAUUGGACAAGAGAAUGAAGAAGAGAAGGUGAGCUUGUUCAUUGAUCCUUGCCUCAUCGAAAGUUGUAGGAAAGCCUGUGCACUGCAGCUAGUUAAACUGAGUCUAGCCUGCUUGAUUCAAGAACCAGAUAGCAGACCAAACAUUGAAGAGGUGGUCUCUAGCUUAUUGAAAAUACAGGCAAAUGAUAUGCAACAGAGAAUAUCACCCAGCAUCAAUAAGAGUUUAAGCUUGGAGAGGUGA